AUGUCAGAUUCAGAUUUUGAAUACGAAGAACUGUCUGAAAGUGACUCAGACAUCAGCGUUAUUAGCCAAGAUAUGUCGUCAAACAACAGCGACGAUGGAGACGGCUUCUCUGCCAGAAACUGGGUAGAUUUAGAUUUGGAAAGUCCUUCUCCACCUCCUUUGCGAUUUACUUUUUGGGGAAAUCCAGGAUGUAAAUUUACUAUUACGGACGUUUGUGACCCGUUGGCAUAUUUUUUGCUAUUCUUUGACUUGCAACUAAUUAACCUUAUUGUAACUGAAACAAAUAAGUUUGCGAUGCAACAGGCACGGUCAUCUAGGGAUCAGUGGGAGCCAGUAACAGUCGGAGAAAUAUACUUAUUUCUAGCGAUUUGUAUAUUACAAGGACUGUUAUACAAACCAUCUGUGAAAAUGUACUGGUCCAGGAAUGAUCUUAUAAACACCCCAAUUUUUGGUAAACUAAUGACUAAAAGUAGAUACAUGGAUAUAAAAAAAAAUUUGCAUUUUGCAGACAGUACCACUUAUAAUCCUGAAACGCAUGAAAAUCCAAAACUUUGGAAAAUUUGGCCAGUAGUAAAAAAUCUUAAUUUAAAAUUCUCCAGUUUUUAUACCCCCGAACAAAACGUCAGCGUUGACGAAAGCCUUCUAUUGUUCAAAGGCCGUCUUUCCUGGAAGCAGUACAUUCCUCUGAAAAGGUCUCGUUACGGUGUCAAAUUUUUUAUGUUAUGCGAAUCGAAAUCCGGAUAUCUGUGCAAAUUUAUUAUUUACACUGGAAAAGGCACUUGCCUAAACCAAAAGUACGCAAAUUUGUUAUUUACCUUUCAAGUUGUAUUAACAUUAAUGGACCCGUUGUUAGACAAGGGAUACUGUCUAACUACGGAUAAUUAUUAUACUUCCCCACAUUUAGCAGAUUAUCUUAUAACGGUCAAAACUGAUUGUUGUGGAACAUUACGCACAACACGGAAAGAUGUUCCAAAGAUAUUACAUCAAAAGAAAUUUAAAAAAGGAGAGACUGUGGCAAUGCAGAGAGGUAAAGUGAUGAUCCAAAAAUGGCACGACAGAAGAACAGUCACUUUCCUCUCUACAUUCCACAGUCCAAGAAUGGUGAGUAAUGAAACACGUACUGGUAAAACUGUAAUGAAGCCACAAGUUGUUGUUGACUAUAACAACACUAUGGGAGGUGUUGACCUUUUAGAUCAGCAUCUCCAUGAUUAUACUGUGGCGAGAAAAAGAGGGAAGAAAUACUACAAAAAAAUAUUCUUUCAAUUGUUAGAUAUUUCUUUAUAUAAUUCAUAUGUUUUGUACACAAAAAAUGGUGGAGAAAAGACACAUCUGUCAUUUAGAAUGACCAUCAUUGAACGCAUUAUAACAAUGUAUCACACCGAAACGAGGCCCAGCAAACAUGGUCAGACGAGAAUUCCGAGUCCGCUUAGACUUACGGAAAAACAUUUCCCGGACUUUAUUCCGCCGACCGACAAAAAAGUUGCUCCAACCAGAUACUGUGUCGUUUGUUGCAGUAAACGUGAUGACAAAGAAAAAAAAAUUCGACGGGAAACAACGUACCAGUGCGAAUCUUGUAAGGUGGCCUUGUGUCCGGCGCCUUGUUUCAAAAUCUAUCAUACCAAAAUAAAUUUCUAA